AUAUUUGUUUUAUAUAAUUUUUUUAACAAUUUAGUGUACAUAAUAUAAUAUAACUAAUUUUUCUUUAUCUUUAAUUUAUUACCAGCCAGCUUGAAAGUUCAAGAAAAUGCAUCAGGUAAACGUGGUCUAAUGAGUGACCUCUCUGCAAGUUGCUCAUCAUGCCAAGAGGAAUCUGAUUUGGAAACCUCUUCUUCUAUUCCUGGCAAAGGUUUUUCUGCCGAUGUGAACCGCCGUGCGGUGUAUUAUUCCGUGGAGACUGGUGGUGGCUAUGAAAGCCUUGCUACAUUCUGUAGCAUCAUGAACAUGCCUUGCAUAAGUAAGACUGCAUAUUACCAACAUUUAGACACAAUUCUAAGUGCUCUGGAGAUGGAAGCAAAGGAAGAAAUGACAGAGGCUGGACAGAGCCUGAGGAAGCUGGUUUUAACAGAAAAUGAAAUGGAAGAUGAUGGCUCAGUUCUUGAUGUUGGUGUCAGCUUUGAUGGCACCUGGGCAAAAAGAGGGUUCACUUCUCUUAUUGGUGUUGUAUUUGUGAUAUCAAUAGACACUGGUAAAGUCCUGGACUACUAUGUUAUUUCAAAAACAUGUCAGAAAUGUGCAUUGAAGAGAGCAAAGUGUGAGAGUGAUGAAGAAUUUGAAGAGUGGCAAAUUGAGCAUGUUUUUUCUGGUGAGUGUGAUGUCAAUUUUGAUGGUAGUUCUUUGUUCAAAAUGAUGAUGCCAGUAAGCAACACCGCUUUUGCCCAGUUGGUAAAGACUCUUGGUGCAAAUGGCAACAAGAUCGUGUGAAUGGUACACGCACCUAUAAGGGUGAUGAUUGUUUGCCUCAAGUUUUUUUAGAGCUGUUGAAGCCAACUUAGUAAGCUGAAGCUAACUUUAUGCAGCUUAGUGACUCAAAACUGCUUGAGAGGUGUGUUCGGGGUAAAACUCAAAAUAACAAUGAAUCAAUAAAUUCAUUAGUGUGGGCUCGGUGUCCAAAACAUAAACACCAUGGAGCUAAAGUGGUGAAGUGCGUGGUUGCAUCAGCUGUCUGUCAUUUCCAUAGUGGUGCAACAAGUAGGGAGAAGGUAAUGAAGAGACUUCAGAUUCCUGCUGGAGAUGUCUGCAGAAGGCUUUCACAUUUGAAAGACAAAAAACGUGUCAGACAGGCUGAUCAUCAGAUGGACGAAAAGCACAAAAGGCGUCGACAGGUGGAGCAGGCUCGAAAGGCUCAGCAAGAAGAAGCUUUGAGAGAAGCUGAAGGUGUCACCUAUGAUGCUGGAGGGUUUUAAGACACUAAGAUAACUUUUCUGCCUAAAUAACAUAAGAAGUCAAGGUAUAAUCUAACAUUAUGGUCCACGAACCUUGUUAGUAAACUUAAAAGUGGAUUUUCUCAAAACAUGGAUUUUGUACGGUUAAGAAAGGAUAUCUCCUAGAGUUUUGAUUGGAUUGAGCUGAAAUUGUCUGUGCAUACUCAUCUCCCCAUUAUUUGUGGGAUGAGCAUACAACUUUUCAAUACCUGCUAUACAAUUGAAAUUAUGGUGGGAAAUGUUCCCUCUAAAACGUACAUGAAAUUUGAAACCCCGCUGUGGCCGCAAUUUUUAUCAUAUUCAAAAGUUGUAUGCUCAUCCCAGACAACUAUGUCUAUACUUCAUAAAAAUGUACCAACUUUGAAAAUUAAAGCAGUUUACAACAAGAUAUCUUUUCUCAUAUACACCCUAGUUUUUCACAGCAUGUGUUCCGCAUAAUCCGCUCGUAUCAGGUUACAAAUCAUUUGUUUCAAAAAUGAACAUCAUUUUCAGAAUCUUCAAGUCAUAAGCUUUCAACUGAUUUAUACUUUGUUUAUGUUAUAAUGGUAAGUUUAGAUGCUAUAGUCAUUUGAAGUUUUACUCCGAUUAUUAUGUGUACCCUCCCCUUAAGAACGUAUCUUGGUAAGAGAGUAACUUGAGAACCGCAUCGCAGUUGUAAACAUUCGAAGCGAAAUUAGUAGCCUCGCCGGCGCAAAGCGCCAGCUAGCUCGGGUGUGAAAAAAUGACAAAAUCUCAUUUGCAUGCUCUCGAAAAGAUGACACUGCCGUUAAAAUUCAUUAAAUAAUU